UCCUCCGGUCUCUCGCUCCUCGCGCAAAUCUCCGGUCGCUGCAGCCCUUCGGCCAUGGCGGCGUCGUCCGUGCUGCAGCCUGCGGCGGCCGCCGCCGCGUGGCCGCGCUUCCUCCCCUCUCCUCGCCGGAGCGCCGCCCAGACAUAUCAAGUUCUUUCCAUGCACAAGUUUGAGUGGAAGCGCCCUUUCAGCGGUUCACACCGGUCCGGUAUUCUUCUUGUUUGCAGAAGUUCAGGUUCCUCUGUAAAAGCAGCUACUUCAAGCAGACCCGAAGCUGUUUCCUCUUCUCAUAACGAUCAAUCCAGCAAACAUUUAUUUGGUUCUGUUUCAGAUGCUUAUACCAUUAUCUCUGGCUAUUGGAUUGGCCCUGAUAUGGAUGAUGGCUGUGGUAAUGUUGUGGCCAUUCUCCAAAGAAUUGUAUGAUACUGCAUUUGCUGUUAAACCACAUGAAUUUUCUGGCGUUUGAAGAUAAUUUUUAUAUGCUAGAUCAUCCUCCACAUUAAAGUAUAUCCAUAACCUUUUCCAAACAAUGCCUAUUUGCCCGGCGAAAAAAAUAAUGCCUAUUUCUGAUCGUAUUAUUUCUUAUAUGAAUCAAUGUGCCACUGCAAAUGGUUUAAUCAUGUGUCAUUAUUGGUAUGUUUGCAAAAUGUAUUGUUAGAUUCUAUUCCAGUUGGCCUAAAAGUGCAGGCAGGCUUGUUUAAAUAAGAUCUGAGUGGGAUAGAACUAGCAGAGUCUUUUGUUACAAGCUACUUGACACAAAUUCACAGAAUCACAGUGAUAUUUACAUGGUACUAUUAUGAAAGAUAAUUAAGAAACGACUUGCCAAAGCAAGUCUUCUCGUCAACUUAGCAUAUAGACUAGUCACUGAAAGUGGGCCCACUCACCUCCUAUAUAGAGCAGUGUACACCUGGAGCUGGAGCUCAAGCUAUAGCUCAGGUGACUGACAAUGGCGUACAGGGCCUUGGAGGUGACGCUCAUCUCGGCGAGGAAUCUGAAGAAGGUGAACUUGAUCACUCCCAUGGAGGUGUACGCCGUCGUCUCCGUCUCCGGCAACCCGCUCGCCCGCCAGUGCACGCUCCCCGACCGCCACGGCGGCCGCAACCCGACGUGGAACGCCACGCUCCACCUCGCCGUCCCCGCCGCCGCGCCGGGCGCGUUCCUCCACGUCCUCCUCCGCACCGAGCGCGCCCUCGGCGACCGCGACGUCGGCGAGGUGUUCGUCCCCGUCGCCGACCUGCAGCUCGCCGCCGCCGCGCACUACCAGUACCUGGUCCACAAGGUGCAGAGCACCACCGAGCACUGCGGCGUGCUCAGCCUGUCGUACCGGCUAGGCCCCGUCGUCGUGCCGGCGCCGCCGCUGGCAGCGGACACCGGCGCUGUCCCGGCGUACCUGGUGGUGCCGUGCUACGCGAACGCGCCGCCGUACGUCUACCUGUCGCCGGCCAAUCCUGCCCGCGGCGAGGCCGCGUCGGCGUCGCCGUCGCCGCCGCCGCGGCGCAAGAGGAGCGGUGACUUUGGGCAGUGGCUCGGCGGCGCCGUCCGGGGAAUGUUGUCCGGCGAGGCCAUGUCGCCGGACACGGCGGCCUACGACGCCGGGUACAAAACCCUGAUCGGGGUGGCUGAUGGCAGACGUGUCAAGUUCUAGCUAGUAGGAGUACUAUUCCAGAUUAGCGUGGCUUGAAUAAAAUGGAAAAGGUUUCUUAUGUACUUUUUGCAUGGCUGGGAGACUAACUUUUGUACGAGGAAGUAUUGGGUGGAAACCGUGGUAGAAACUUAAAACUUGGAAACUAAUGUUGGAUCGAAAAAUGGACGUCCGAGAUUCGUCCACGUCAUCAUUAGUAAAAAAAUUUACUACUUAUGAAUAAAUCUAUGAGUAAAAUUUUUACUCGUGAUGACGUGGUCGAAUCUCGAACGUCUAUUUUUCGAUCCAAUAGUAGUUUCUAACUUUCCACCAUAUAUAUGGUUUCCACUGUAUAUUUUUCCUCUUUUU